UUAUCAUGUGCAGACAUAUAUUGAGCCAAAUAUUAAAAACAUAGUUUUACAGUUUAAUUACAUGUUGAAACAAAAUAUGCAGUUGGAAACGUUCUUACCUAUUAUAUAAAGAAAAGAUACAGAAAAGUUAUUCCAAGAUUAAUCAUGGACGUGUCAGGAUGGAGAGCAUCAAAUCAACCUCGAUCAUCGUCAAUCGACAUGUGGUCUGAAGAAGAUAGUCAAGUUUAUUGCCAGUCUUGUGAUCAAGAAGGUCCUAGACUCCCUGCCCAUGGUUACUGCACUGUCUGUAAAGAGCAUCUAUGCGAAAAGUGUUAUACAGUCCAUAAAACCGAACAUCAUAUUCUCCUUGAUGCAGGAAGUAUGCCUAAAUCUUUAUAUCAACGCCGAAUAACUUCCAAAACUAGCCAGCGCGAAGAAUUGACCACGUUCUGUCUUAAACACUCAAAAGAAAAAAUAAAACUUUUCUGCAGCAACCAUAAAAAAUUACUUUGCCGUGAUUGUGUUUGUGAUGAACAUAUAACUAGUCCUUGUAUCGUUAAACAUGUAUCGGACUUGUCUGGUGACAUUAUUGACUGCAGAGAAUAUCAAGAUAUUCUAAAAGCACUGGAAAACAUUUCUGAUAAAUAUUCUACAAUUGUUGAAGAUGUCAAGAGAAUAACUUUAAAAUCCAACAGCUUAGUCAAAGAUGCUUUGGCAGACAUCAAAAAUUUCCGCCAACAAAUCAAUGCGAUACUAGAUGAACAGGAGAGACUGGCUGAGGAUGUAGCAAACGGCAUUGUAGAGGACAAUAACAAAUAUUUAAAAUAG